UAGUUUUCUUUUUGGUGGAAGUGUUAAACUCAACCCUACGUUAUAUUCCUACACUUUUUAAACGCCAUAGACACCAUUUUGGGUUAAUUACUUCUCUUUUGUAAACUUAAACCAUAUACUUUGGUCGAAGGCAGUCAACAAAUUCCCGCUCUGAUACUUUCGGAUAGUGCAUAUCCAAAUCCAACACCCCUGACUCACCGCCACUACUACCACUGCCGUGUCUCUGCGAUUCCUUCAUUGUUAUUCUACCCAGAUUUGUAUUUCAGCCUUGCAAAAUCUCCGGUUUGCCGCCCUAGGCGGUCUGAUUUAGCAGACCCAAUUCGCAACCAUGACUGAGUAUUGGGUUAGCCAGGGUAACAAAUGGUGCGACUUCUGCAAAAUAUACAUAUCCAAUAACCCGAGCAGCAUUAGAAACCAUGAACUUGGUCAGCGUCACAAAGAUAAUGUUUCGAAGAAGAUUGCAGAUACGCGGAAAGACAAGGCUGCUAAGGAGAAGGAAGAAAAGGAAGCAGCCCGGCUCCUGGAGCAAAUAGAAACAAAAGCUAAGCGCAGCUAUCAGAAGGACGUGGCAAACUUUAAGGAGGCUAGAGAUUCUCAUGAAUUAGAUGUAGAUGAUCAAGAGAAAUGGGAGUAUGACAGCACUUCAGGGUAUUACUACAAUCAAACAAAUGGUUUUCAUUACGAUCCAAAUUCAGGCUUCUACUAUUCUGAUAGUAUAGGGAAGUGGGUGUCACAAGAAGAGGCGCAUGCGACACCUCAGUUUGCCUCAAGUUCUGGAUAUAAAGAAUCAAUUUUUAAAAAGCCAGCUUCAGCUUCAUCGUCAGGCAUAGCUAAAGGAAAUACAAACGCUGCUAAAGGUGAAGAAGGGCCUCCACCUGGGCAAGUUGUUUCAGCUUCUUUAAACCCCAUGAGAUCUGUUAAAGGUGCUCCGUCAUCUCUUACUGUUGGCAAAAGAAAGAGGCAAGAUGGGAGGCCGAAGGUGGUAUCGAAAGAAGAAACAGCUGCACUCAAAGCAAGGGAGGCUGCAAAGAAGAGAGUGGAAGAGAGAGAGAAGUCAUUACUUGGCCUUUACAGACAUUAGUUUGACUGCCUGAGGAAGCUCCCACCGUUGGCAUCAGAAUUCUUUCCUUUUAUAAUUUUUUUAACUGAAUAUUUGUUCUGUAACAUUCCAGUGCAUAGGUUGGGUUACUCUGUAUAAUAGCUCUUUAUUAUUGUAGCAGAGAAAAGCUCUUUCAUUAUCAAAUCUUCUUACAGUUGCCUGCGUUUGGUGAUAAACAUGGGAGGUUUAUGGGCCUGCUCAGCUGCUCUUGUACUAUUUCGUUGAUUAUGUUUUGUUACUCAUUAAAGGUAAUUUACUAUGGAUCUGGGUCCAAAGUAACAACGCUUUUAACUGUUGGUUUUACUAUUUUUACUAAUGAACUUACACAAA